GCCGCUGCUGCAAGCGCACAGACGGCUGCCCGGCCGCGGCGAGGCGGGCGCCGUCGCGAUGCUGCGAGGCGGACGGGGCGGGCAACCUGGCGGGCACCUCCGGGCUACGGGGCCGGGAAGCCUGCUGGCCUGGUUGAUGCUGGCAUCUGCGGGCGCUGCAUCCUGCCCCGAUGUCUGCUGCCCCCACGGCCCUUCGGGGCUACGCUGCUCCCGGCCGGGGGCCCUGGAUAACCUCCUCCACCUGCCAGGCGCCGAGAACCUGACGGAGCUCUACAUCGAGAACCAGCAGCAUCUGCAGCAGCUGAAGCUCAGUGACCUGAGGGGCCUGGGGGAGCUGAGGAAACUCACCAUCGUGAAGAGCGGUCUCCGUUCUGUGGCGCCAAAUGCCUUCCAUUACACUCCGCGGCUCAGUCGACUGAAUCUCUCCUUCAACGCUCUGGAGACUCUGUCCUGGAAAACGGUCCAGGGCCUCUCCUUACAGGAACUAGUCCUGUCGGGGAACCCCCUGCACUGUUCCUGUGCCCUGCUCUGGCUGCAGCGCUGGGAGGAGGAGGGGCGGGGAGGAGUGCGGGAACAGAAGCUGCAGUGUCCGGGGCAGGGGCCCCUUGCCCUCAUGUCCAACGCCAGCUGCGGUGAGCCCACGCUGAAGAUCCAGAUGUCCAAUGCCUCCGUGGAUGUGGGGGCCGACGUGUUGCUGCAGUGCCAGGUGGAGGGGCAGGGCUUGGAGCAGGCUGGCUGGAUCCUCGCGGAGCUGGAGGGGUCAGCCACAGUGAUGGAAUCUGGGAGUCUGCCGUCCUUGGGGCUGACCCUGGCCAAUGUCACCAGUGACCUCAAUAGGAAGAAUGUGACGUGCUGGGCGGAGAAUGAUGUGGGCCGGGCUGAAGUCUCCGUCCAAGUCAACGUCUCCUUCCCGGCCAGCGUGCAUCUGCAGGCCGCCGUGGAGCAGCACCACUGGUGCAUCCCCUUCUCGGUGGACGGGCAGCCGGCGCCCUCUCUGCGCUGGCUCUUCAACGGCUCUGUGCUCAACGAGACCUCCUUCAUCUUCACCGAGUUCCUGGAGCUGGCAGCCAACGAGACGAUGCGCCACGGCUGCCUGCGCCUCAACCAGCCCACCCACGUCAACAACGGCAACUACACGCUGCUGGCAACCAACCCCUUGGGCCAGGCUGCCGCUUGGGUCAUGGCCGCUUUCAUGGACAACCCUUUCGAAUUCAACCCUGAGGACCCCAUUCCUGUCUCCUUCUCGCCAGUGGACACCAACAGCACUUCCGGAGACCCAGUGGAGAAGGAUGAGACUCCUUUUGGGGUCUCGAUGGCCGUGGGCCUGGCCGUUUUUGCCUGCCUCUUCCUUUCUACAACAUUUCUUGUGCUCAACAAAUGUGGACACAGGAACAAGUUUGGGAUCAACCGCCCCGCUGUGCUGGCUCCGGAGGAUGGAUUGGCCAUGUCCUUGCAUUUCAUGACUCUGGGUGGCAGCUCCUUGUCUCCCACCGAGGGCAAAGGCUCUGGACUCCAAGGCCACAUCAUUGAGAACCCACAAUACUUCAGUGAUGCCUGUGUUCAUCACAUCAAGCGCCGAGAUAUCGUGCUCAAGUGGGAGCUGGGUGAGGGUGCCUUUGGGAAGGUCUUCCUUGCCGAGUGCCACAACUUGCUGCCUGAGAAGGACAAGAUGCUGGUGGCCGUCAAGGCGCUGAAGGAGGUGUCUGAAAGCGCCCGGCAGGACUUCCAGCGCGAGGCCGAGCUGCUCACCAUGCUUCAGCACCAGCACAUCGUGCGCUUCUUCGGCGUCUGCACUGAGGGCCGCCCGCUGCUCAUGGUCUUUGAAUACAUGCGGCACGGUGACCUCAAUCGCUUCCUCCGGUCCCACGGGCCUGAUGCCAAGCUGCUGGCUGGCGGGGAGGACGUGGCUCCGGGACCCCUGGGCCUGGGGCAGCUGCUGGCCGUGGCUAGCCAGGUCGCUGCGGGAAUGGUGUACCUGGCAGGUCUGCACUUCGUGCAUCGGGACCUGGCCACACGCAACUGCCUGGUGGGCCAGGGACUAGUGGUUAAGAUCGGCGAUUUCGGCAUGAGCCGGGAUAUCUACAGCACCGACUACUAUCGCGUGGGAGGCCGCACCAUGCUGCCCAUUCGCUGGAUGCCGCCCGAGAGCAUCCUCUACCGCAAGUUCACCACCGAGAGCGACGUGUGGAGCUUCGGCGUGGUGCUCUGGGAGAUCUUCACCUACGGCAAGCAACCCUGGUACCAGCUCUCCAACACCGAGGCGAUCGAGUGCAUCACGCAGGGACGUGAGCUGGAGCGGCCGCGUGCCUGCCCACCGGAGGUCUACGCCAUUAUGCGGGGCUGCUGGCAGCGGGAGCCCCAACAACGCCACAGCAUCAAGGAUGUGCAUGCCCGGCUGCAAGCCCUGGCCCAGGCGCCUCCUGUUUACUUGGAUGUCCUGGGCUAGGAGGCUGGCCCAGGGCCUGGGGCUGGGUAGCCAAAUGCGGAGUACUGCAGCCUGCCCUCAGCAACUGCCAUGGUUCCCAGCAGCCCCAGGGUGAUCUCAAAGCAUCUAACUCACCCUCAGCAUGCGGGAGGGGACAGGUGGGGUCUGGGAGUGCAGGAUGUUCCUGCUUCUCUAGGCAGGGUUCCGUCAUAGCAAUUAUAUUUAUUAU